AUGAAUAAUAAUUUUGGAUCACAUUUCCAUCUAAAAACAGAUUUACCUAUUCUACCAUAAUCAGAAGUUUUUAUUAGACAAUAUUCAUAAGAAGUAAAUUAUUUAUAUAUAUUAUAGAAUGAUGUAAUUUGUAAUAAUCAUGCUCGGACUUACAGUUUAGGAAUCGAAAAGGUUGGCUCCAAUAAAUUCAACACUAUCUCAUAAAUUGACACAGGGAAACAUGAACUAAACUUAGCUAGCCCUCUUAUUAUUAAUUAAGUAAAUUUUAUCUAUUAUCAUAGUAAACGGGAUCAGAAUUCUAAAUUAAUGUUGAUAAUAUCAUCUAAUUCAAUCAAUAAUGUAUGAUAAAAGCAUAUCAUAUAAGCUCUAACUUUUAUGAAUUCCAAUUAUGCUACCAACAAUUUUAUUAAAUUAGGAUCAAACAAUGAAUUAUUACAAAAUGAAGAUGAUGUUAGACCAUUUACUCCACCAUAAGAGGAACAUAAUUUUGAAAUCAAUAACUUAAAUGAUGUAAUGCAAUCUCCAAGAAAAUCAUGUAAAUUCAAAGCAGCUGGUAACUUAGUAUUAGGAAUAAGAAGAUUAUAAUAAAAUGUUGUUGAAUAAAUUACAUCUUCAGUACUAUUUAUAGGUAUUAGGAAUAAUUUUAUGAAAAAUUUAACCCAAGUCCAUGUUAAACUACCAAAAAUAUUCACAAAGUUCAUCCAAUUUAAGAAUAAAAAGAAUUCUAAGUGAUAGAAAUGCUCAAUCAAUUUAAAUUAGUUUUUCAUUUAACAUAACAUUCAAUGAGUGGUUCAUAUGAUGAUAUUUAACAAAUGAUUAAAUUAUUAUAAAAAGAUCCAAAAAGGUAUGUCUUAUAUAAUAUUUAAUUAGAAAUCUAACAAAUCCUUAAGAUCCAAAUCAUAUUAUUAAUUAAUUUAAUUAAUAUGGAUAAAAUUCAUUAUACAUAGCUUGCAAAAAUGGAAAUGAUAAAGUUGUUAAAUUUUUAUUAUCACUUGAUUGCAAUGCUCAUAUCAAAAGCAAAGUUUAUGAUGAUCUAUCAGAAAGCCCAUUAGAUGUAUCUGUCAGAUGGCAUCAUUAUGAAUGUGUUAAAUUACUUUUAAAUCAAAUCAAAUAUACAGAUGCAGAAUUGAGAUCAGCUCUCAAGAUUAGUUAAAAUCAAGAAAUUACUAAUUUAAUCAAAAGAAAAAUGAAUUCCUCAUUAUUCUCCUGCUGUCUCUGA